CCGGUUUGCCCUCUCAAUGUCUCUCAAUGUUGCGACAACGAAUGAGGAGAUAUCCAACGUAGCCUAUCUGGUAGCGUCGUCAUCCUCUCCGGCAACUAUUGACGCCUUUCGACGACGCAUUGCAGUACGACAUACUGGUUCCUCUUUGCUGGAUUCCUUGCUUUCGAGCGUUCAUGUUGCCGCCACUUCCUACAUAUAUCUUUUUCGGAUUAUACGGGGAAUUCAGCUGGACUCGUUCAAUGAUCUCGAUUUCAACGGCCUAAAUGUCGUAGAAUCAUCUUCGUUCUCUCCCCAGGAUAUCGUCUUUCCUACGUUUCCGGCGAAGGCUCUGAGGACUGUCAUAUCUCAUUUCUUAAAUUCCGUUCGAAUCCGUCUCCUUGAUGAUAUCUCGCACGAUGCGUCCGUUCUUGGCCGUCUCAAUUCGGGCUUCCUGAUAGCUCAUUCCACGGCUUCAAACGAAUGGAGUGCGCCGUGGGCCAUUAUGAGGCCUCUCGUGUACUGUCACCUUCAAGUCCAUUUAAUGUCGUCGCGAUUAUUGAUACACCCUCUUGUCAUCCCAACGUCCUUUCUUCCUGUCACGCCAUCCUUGACGCAAGGAUCACCUAUCUUGCUGCUGCCCUAUGCUACCCCGGCUUAUUUCCUCGCGUCGUAUAAAGGUCCAUGUUCCGCUCUGUCGAAACAGUUCAAAGAAUGCUUUGAGGGCCUGGGCGUGUCAUCCUGGGACCCUGAAUCCUACAUCAUUGCCUGGGUCAGUGUCGAAAAUAGGCAGGGCGAAGAUAAGGGUGUCAUGAUUAUAUAUCCGACGUCGCUCUGCGUCCGAUCACUGUCCCCCAAUAUCCCAUCUCUACCCCAUAUCCCGACUUUACCAGCUACCUUGCAGUCUUCUCCGCAGUCAACUCCAUCUUUACCUUUCCUAUCGGUUUCUAGCCCCACGUCCGUAAGCGCGUUUCGGACGCUUACGAUCUCCAAGAGCCGAGAUAUUAAACGAGUAGCCAAGGAAGUGGGUAGCUAUGUCGAUGCUGUCGCAAAGGAACGCGAACGCGAACGAGAGCGUCUCAAAAGAGAGAGAGAAGGCGUGGGCACGAGUGUAGCGCAACCUCCAUCAACGCAGGUCCCGCAUCUAUAUGUGCAACAACAAGCACAAUUACAGCAACAACAGCAGACACAGCAGCAGCAAAUGCAGCAGCAGCAGGCACAACAACAACAACAGAUGCUUGAUUUUUAUCCUUCUCCCCCUCAAACAAACUUGAUGGUGCCUCCGCCUUCGGGUCAUGUUUCGCCGACAGUUCCAGUUGCUGCACCGAUGGAUGUCGAUCCGCAGCCUAAUCCGGCUCCUUCACAGCCUUCAUAUGAACCGUUCAACUCUAACUGGAUGGAUAUGGAAGACUGGAUGAGUGGCUUGGGCGACACUGUCAACGUCGGUAAUGGUGGAGACAGAGGCAUGGGUAUAGGCAUGAUGGACUUUGAAGCUGAUUUCACGGAGGACGAUUUCAGUUUUUUUGAUGAUAAGCCUCCUCCUCCCAUGCCUGCCGUGACGGGUUUGACUCCGGCCGCGCCACUAGAGGAACCACACUGGGAGAUCGAACCAACGCCAGAUAUCGGCACUGGUUUACCAUCUCCACCGGCAGAGUCCGUGUUAAACUUUCGAGUCGAUGAUAUAAAAGUGCAGAUGAAGGUUGAUACUGCUGGUGGUCUAUGGGAUGCGAUUCCUUUCGCAGACAGCUACCGCGCGACGGACGGCAAGUAUAACAUGGGUAAAUUCUCUUCUUCCCCGGGCCGAGCGGAAGGAUGGCGGAAACGGUACGAGAAAGUUACCGAUCCUCGGCUGGGCGUUGUGAAAAGGCUAGCUUUGAGGAGAGCAAAGAGCGUCGAUGAGCCCGAGAGAGAUGACUGGGAAGCAGAGUGGCGGGAGGGAAAUCCGGAACCGGAAGAGGAUUCGGAUGGAGUGGAUGACAGUGAUGAAGACAUGGAGAGCGGCGGAGAGGAAGAGAGUGUGGAUGAAACCGAGGGAGAAAGGCCUUGUACUCCGUUGCCUGCAUGGAUACCGAUGGGACCUGCCCUGCUUCCUAUGCACUUUCGGCACGAGGUCAUGCUUCCACUCAGCGCUCCCUUGAGGUCUGGUGUUGUCGGUGGCAGCAGUGGCGUAGGCGCAGGCGUAUCGUCUGUUCCAACUCCUGUAUCCCCUGGUAGGGUCGGGAAAGGAAAGUCGUUGCAAGCUGCUGCCGAGAGUUUAGGGAAAGAGAUUGUUGAAAACAGCGUUUGGGCAGCAGUAUGGGACGGAGUGAAUGCAAAAGGGAAUUCUGGAGGCAUCGGCAGAAUUCUUUGGGAGAAAGACGUCCAGGUCGUUAGUCGUUUGUUUUCAUCUGUGCAAGAUAUCAACGCUCCGGUACAGCUGGAAAAACUGUUUGGGUUAGCAGGAUCGUCUGGUACAAGCAACGGGUCGGAAUCGAGAUUGGAGAAACUCGAAGCGCCCAUGUUAUUGGUGGGGAAAGGGGAUGCUGUGAUACAGGUAUCACCGCCUGCAUUGCGAUUCUGGGAUAAGCUAGGCCUGGGACCUAGAAGUGGCAAAAAAGACAUUCAAGCAUUCGUUGUAUUUGACAGUACUCAAGAACAGAUGUCUGACAAGGUCAGCGAGUGGUUGAUCAAUUUCAGGACCAUUUAUGAGGGAAAACAUUUUGGUAAGGUUUUGUUAGGCCAAAGUCAGUUCUGCGAACAGGACAUGAAUGGUGUUGUGCCAAUCCGCUACGACUCGGCUCUGCGGAAAACUUUGGAUGCAUUUAUCGCUGGAUCGUCCCCUCCACCUCCCAGGACAAGCAUUGUCGUCUUCAUCGUUACUUCCAUAACGACGAUGACCUUACUCUCUCAUACCCUGCGCCAACUUUUCUCCAUCGUGCGCAAGGCUUCUGCUUCCCAUCCUCAAAUGCUCUUCCACUUCAUACCAGAACAAACACUCUAUUCCGAAUUCAAACAUCUACUUCGAGGACCUGUGCAGUUCGUUCCUGUUGUUCGAUCUAUGUCAAGGAAGUUAUCCUCAGCGGGAGAGGUGACGAAAUUUCUAGAGGACCCUGCAUUUGUUCUCGCAAGGACGCCCGAGGAAUCCAAGGUAGUCUACAGUGGCCCCAAAGCAGAUGCUACUGCCAUGAUCUUAGGAGUCAUGGACAAGGGUACCUUUCUGCAUGUGGGAUACGGGCUAAGCGAAUGCGGAAAGUGGAUUUUUGCGUCAUGUAAUGAUCAAAGAGGUGAUGGACAUGAUCUCGGAGUGUGGCUGACGAGCAAGGGAGGAGGUGAAGCUAACGAGGGUGAAGACGAGAUGACUUUUUUGGUCCAUAAAGUGUGGGACUUCACUGCACGUUUCGCCAAGAAGGCGAAUAUAGAGUGGAGAAUCGUCAUUGCUAAACUGGGCUCCAUGGGAGAGGCUGAAUUAGAUGCAUGGACAAGAUAUCUCGAAACCGAUACAGAAAUGGGCCCGGUUCACGUGUCCGUUGUCGCUGUAGAGCCUUCGACGCCUUGGAUGUUCACUUCUCGCCCCGAAUUUGACACACCCAAGUCUGUGCCUCCUUCGUUAAAAAGUGUCGGUCGUUCAGCAUCUGUCUCAUCCUCGAAGCCCUCCAAACACAACUCACACCCUGUUUUCGUUGACAUCGCAUUUAGCACGUACGCUUUGUUCCAACAAUCCCCACUUCCCGUCUCCGUUCCCCCGACUCUUGGCGAUCUGGGUUUGGAUCUUGGAUAUAUCCCAGACCCUUCGCCGUGGCAUAGUGGGGAGGAGACCCAUCCUCAGAGCCCUUCUAUCGAACACGACCAUAGCAAUCUCCCCCACGUGUUGCCCCUUAUUCCACAUGCGAGCGCGACACUCAUUCGGGUACCUUCUACGACUGUCGCUACCACGACCAUGCUACAUAUUCAUUUGUUGCACGUGAUUCGCUCAGUAGGAUGUUCGUACCCUGCGUCAGACUACAACCAGCUAUUCCGCGAUAUCACUCAUUCGUACUAUGCUCUUUCAGUCCUUUCUUCAUUGAAAUGGCGCAUGAAAAGUGCCAAUCCGAUUCUGCCUUCUCAUCUGGGUGCUGUGGAAGCAAUGAGAACAGCAGUUAUGUCCGGCGGUUCUGUGGACACGCCUGAAUGACGGUUUAUCUUGUUUCUGUUUAUUCGUUCUGCGCAUUUGUUGUCGUCAUACCUUGUCGCAUAUAACCCCUGUUGUAACUGCUCAUUUGCAUAUCUAGACGCUACAUAUCAUUUCUGUACAACACACGUCGUCAUUCACUCUUGUAUAAUACUUUCUUACCUUACGCUGUCAUAUGUCUUUUGCUUGACCUCCCACAAAUGGAACUAAUUUAUGGAGGAAUCUCUGCAAUAAAAAUUUGAUAGGCACUUUCUGAUGCUUUAAUCAUAAUUCAUCAUAUGUGCCAUGUUCAAGGCCUUGAGUCCACCUGGACUUAAACAUAUCACCACAAAGGAAAAUGUAGAUAUCUG